CCCGGCUUAUGCAAGAGUGGGUAUAAAAGGGGGAGCUGAAUACCCCUCCAAAAUCGGAGAGUGGGGCAGAAGGAGAGCGCACCUCACCGCUGAAGAACAGCAGACACAGUGGAGGCAAUUUUCCAACAUGAAUGUGGUAGCAGAUUUUCUCUGCUUGCUGGCUUGCCUUACCGUGGUGACUUGUGACCGGGUCUACGUCCACCCUUUCAAUUUGUUUUCUUUCAAUGAGAGUGACUGUGACAAGCUGGAAAAAUUGGUUCAGGAGGGAAAGACUAUUGUCCCUGUCUCCAUUGAGUCCCAAACCACUCCUGAAUAUGAAGAUGGCAUGAAUGACAACAAGUUGGAAGUUGCAAACCUCAGCACCUGGGGGAAGGAGGAACGGAGCUACCUGAGCGACUUGGUAGUCGUCCUGGGCAUGCGGUUUUACAGCGCACUGCAGAAAGCACAGAGGGGCCAAAACGUGCUCCUGUCCCCUACCAGCCUCUACAGCUCCUUGUUGUCCUUCUACCUGGGGGCCUCAAACCAGACAGCAGUUGAUUUGCAGGCUUUGCUGGGAUUUAAUCCCCCCUCUGGAAACCCUGACUGCAUUUCCAUGGCAGUGGGAAGCAAUUUCCUUUCCAGCCUGAGGACGAUCGAAAGGCUUGUGAAGAGCGGGGACGAGGAGCUGCUCUUUUCCAAGACACUGAGCCUGUUCUCUGCCCCUGGCAUAGCCCUAUUCCAGCUGUUCAUGGAGCACUUGCUCCCCAGUGCUGAUGCAUUCUACGCCCGAGCUGUUGAUUUUGCAAAUCCAGGCAAGGCAGCAAAACAAAUAAAUGACUUUGUGGAGGCCAAAAGCGAGGGCCGGAGCAAGGGCUUUCUGGCAGACAUGGAUCCAUCCGCCGAGCUGCUGUUUGUGGUGGACGUCCGCUUGGCAAUGAAUGUUAAGCAAGCCUUCCCACUCAAAGAGCCUCAGGAGUUCUGGGUGGAUUCAAACACAAAGGUCUUGGUCCCUAUGUUGUCUAUCAUGGGGACAUUCAAGUACAAGACUGAUGCCAGUGGCACUUUUUCUGUGGUGGAAGUCCCCCUCAGCCAGACAGCGCUGCUGGUGCUGCUGCAGCCCUCCAACGGCAGCGACCUGGAGCGCCUGGAGUCCUCAGCCUGGCUCCAGCGGCUGUCCCCAAGAGAAAUUAAAUUAACACUGCCAACAUUAACACUAGAAGACAGCUGUGAUCUACAGGAGCUUCUUGCAGAUAUGGAACUGCCUCCACUGCUGGGGAAGGGGGCAGACUUCAGUAAGAUAAGCAAUGCCAGUCUAACAGUUGGAAAGGUAAUAAAUAAAGCCUUUUUCAAACUGGCCAGUGAUGGAACAGAUCAGCCAGAAGAUCCUGCAGCACAGAAGGAAGAUGGGGUGUACCUGGAUGUAACACUGAAUAAGCCAUUCCUUUUUGCUGUUUUUGAAAAGCAGUCAAGGGCAAUGCUUUUUCUUGGCAGAGUAGUAAACCCUCUGCAUGAGGAUUAAAUGCAAACACAGAGGAUAAGAAAGGAGUGGAAUGAUGCACAUUUCCCAUCACCUUUUUCUUAUUAAUCAGAUAUUUUUGUGAUGUCAUUGAGUGCUCUACUUAGCUUUGAGAUAAAGCAGUUAGUGUUCAAAAUACAGCUUUUUGAAACUAACACCUUGCAACAUUUCAUCCUCGUCCAUCUUUUUCACGUGACUCCCAUCCUCCCUCCAGUUUCCAUUUUAUUCUUUGUCUCUCUUUUACUCCUAGUUCCCUUUUUGGAUGCAGUGGGGCAGGGCAGUGUUUUGACACAAAGCAUCCACUUGAAAAAAUAGAUAAGCAGCUUCUGUUAUAGUAUUUUUAUUUACUAUAGAAAAGGACCUCUUCAUUCUUUAAAAAGCUUUUUUAAUUGUAUGGUCAGUUUUGCAAGAGAGACUCUUUUAUUUUACAGUGAAGAUUUUACAACUAUCCACAGAGA